AAGUAACGUUCCCAUCGUCACCGGAGCGGACCCUGAGAAACCCAUUGAUGUACUCGGAGUUCUCGUCCCAAGCAGCGGCGUGUUGUGGUUGACCCAACUAAAUCCCAAGUUUCGGGCGGGCCACAGGUUCGGGCUACCCAAGCCCCAGCUAAGAUCCCUCCGAGUUUCCGCCGCUACAUCCAUCCCCGGAUCUCUUGCGGUCCGACUUGGCCGGCGCUUGGUUUUUUCGUCGAAUGGGAGGCCUGUGCUCCUCGGGACGUCGCGAACAUCGUCGUCAUGGCUCUCCCGCUUCUUCCCCGGUAGUUGGACACGUUACGAAUCUCCCGCCGCCAAAUUUCCCUUCACCUCGUCCCCCUCCUUCCCUACCCCCAGCUCCAGACCCAGUGGCGGUUCCCUCCAACGACGGCAGCGGCGGCGGGAUCUCGGCGAAGGGGGAGACGAUGGCGGCUCUGCCGUACGCCCACGUCGACGGGAGCCUGCGAGCCCUCGCCGGGCAGGCCGAGGGCUUCGGCCGCCAUGCCAUCGGAGGCCUCAACGGAUCCGUCUUUCACGUCACGUCCUUGGCCGAUGAUGGAUAUGGUUCGCUUCGUGAUGCAUGCCGUAGAAAAGAACCCCUGUGGAUUGUUUUUGAAGUGUCAGGAACCAUCCACCUUUCGUCGUACUUGAGGGUAUCAUCCUAUAAGACAAUUGAUGGUCGAGGACAGAGGGUUAAGUUAGAAGGCAAAGGCUUACAGCUGAAAGAGUGCGAACAUGUGAUAAUAUGCAAUCUGGAGUUUGAAGGUGGUCGAGGACAUGAUGUUGAUGGUAUUCAGAUAAAGCCCAAAUCAAAACAUAUCUGGAUAGACCGUUGCAGUCUGCGUGAUUAUGAUGAUGGACUAAUUGAUAUCACCCGUGAAAGUACUGAUAUUACAGUUUCAAGAUGCCACUUCUCAAGGCAUGAUAAGACAAUGCUUAUUGGAGCAGAUAGCAGCCACAUAACUGAUAGAUGUAUACGGGUGACAAUUCAUCAUUGUUUUUUUGAUGGGACAAGACAGCGGCAUCCUCGAGUUAGAUUUGGCAAAGUUCACCUUUACAACAACUAUACAAGAAAUUGGGGCAUAUAUGCUGUUUGUGCCAGUGUCGAAGCACAGAUUGUCUCUCAGUGCAAUAUAUAUGAAGCAGGACAGAAGAAGGUGGUUUUUAAGUACAUGCCUGAGAAGGCAGGAGAUAGAGAAGAGGUGUCAUCUGGAUGGAUAAGGUCUGAAGGUGACCUAUUCCUGAAUGGUGCCCAGCCUUGUUUAUUACAAGAUGCUGGUGUGGAAUGUGUUUUCAGGGCCCAUGAACAUUACCCAGCUUGGACAAUGGAACCUGCAUCACCGGCUCUGAAGGAGGUUCUCCAGUUGUGUGCAGGAUGGCAGGCCAUGCCAAGGCCAACAGGGUGUUAGUACCGUGGGAGGUACCUGCAUCUAAAACACGUAUCAUAGAUAUACAAGUCCAUGUGUUUAUCAUAUGCACAUGGAAGUCUUUUGGUUUUGUAGCGGGUAUCCAUUUAGCUUGUGUUUAUAUAUUUAUGGAAUCUUGAAUGUUAACAUUACUUCUGCCUUGCCCAAAUUAGUUUGUGAUCUUUGCUAACUCAGCCUUUGACCUUUGUUAAAUCUGUUAUCUUUCGAA